AUGGACCAUGAAAAGGAUGCAUUCGGUGAACUUUCAACAUCUCUAAAGGCUGAACUCGAGCCCGAGCAUGCCGACCUCCUACUUUUUGCUUGUUGUUUGACAUCGGGACUUGUGGAUAGAAAUACCAUCUUCGUCGGACUUGGUGCAUCACACCAAAACCUCCGUCCAUAUGGCUGGGCACGCUCGCUCACGUCCAUCGGAUGUUUCAUCCUGGGAUCCUUCCUUUUCGCACGCUUACAUCGCAUCCUAGGUACUCGGCGACGAGUAUCAUUGAUGCUGUCUUUUCUGCUACAGGCCAGUAUAAUCCUACUUACGGCUGGACUGGUUCAAGGAGGUGCCGUUUCUAGUACGCUAGCCGGUAAAGGAUCACAAACAGCACCCCCAUGGGAUCAGGAAGUCCCGAUAAUUCUCCUUAGUAUCCAGUCUGCCGGUCAGAUUGUAGCGAGUCGUGCCUUGGGAUACAAUGAGAUCCCGACCGUGGUGAUUACCAGUCUUCUCUGCGACUUGAUGUCAGACCCCCAGCUGUUUCUUAUCAGGAAUGUGAAACGCGACCGGCGGAUUAUUGCGUUUGUGCUAACUCUCGUGGGCGCCAUCGUCGGUGGAUGGGUUACUAAAGUCACCGGGGGGUUGCUCCCAUUCUCUGGCUGUCGGCUGGUAUUAAGGGCUUGCUCGUCUUGGCCUGGGCUUUUUGGAAAGCUAAAUAGAGGGCAUCGUGAGUUCCUCCGUUCAGUCUUGAGGUUAUCUGAGGCAGACUUGACACAGCGGUCAAGGAAUGUCGGUGUAGAGUUCAAAGGAUUGACCGAAUACCAGCCAUAG